CUCGCGGGCCAUUCGUUUGACGUUUGGAGCCGCACCAAGGAAAACAGCGCCACUCCGUCGCCGACUCGAUCAGCACAAUUGAGUCUGCCUGGACUUGCUCACGUGCCAUGAUCAACAAGUUCUUUCUCCGCGGCCUCGGCUUCUUCAACGACGCGUACGACUUGUCCGUGAUCAACAUCGUCAACGUCAUCCUGGAACACCAGUUCACGAACAAAGUGUACGACGCCAGCAUGAAGUCGAACGUAUCGGCCGCGGCGCUCAUCGGUGCCGUGCUCGGCCAACUCGCGUUCGGGUUCUUGGGCGAUGUGUAUGGUCGCAAGAAUUGCAUGAUUGCUACAUGUGUGUUGCUCAUCGUGGGCGGCAUUCUGUGUACCGCUGCAUAUGGGGGGUCGUCCAUCAAUACGCUGUGGUUCUUGGUCAUUGCCCGCGGUUUGCUCGGGUUUGGAAUUGGCGGCGAAUACCCGCUGGCGGCCGCGUCGUCGUCGGAAGAUGCUACGUCGCCGCAAGACCGCAAUCGCCGAGUUGCGCUCACGUUUUCGCUGCAGGGGGUGGGCUUUGCGACGGCUUCCCUCAUGGGCCUCUUUAUGGUGAAUGUCCUCGAAGACAACGCGCACGACUUGGAAGUGAUGUGGCGCGUCUUGUUUGGGUUUGGCGUAUUGCCCGCGCUCUUCCUCGUGUACUUUCGCAUCACGGCGGAAGAAACGGAGGGAUACAAGAACAUGCUGGCGGGCGACGUCCACGUGGCCAAGGUUCGCUGGUCGUUCAUCCUGCGCCACUACGGCAAGAACUUGCUCGGGACGGCCGGCACGUGGUUCCUCUUUGACAUUGUUUUCUACGCGCAAAACUUGUUCAGUGCUAGCAUCUUGACCGUUGUCGGCGCCAAGAGCGACCUCAAGACGAUCGCGCUGCAAAACUUGCUGAUUGCGCUGGUCGCGCUCCCGGGGUACUACACGGCCGUGUGCUUCAUCAACAAGAUGGGCCGCAAGCUGAUCCAGCUGCAGGGGCUGGUUGUCAUGACCAUCAUCUUCCUCGUGCUCGCGGUCUGGUGGGAAGACAUCAAGCAGACGGCGUGGUUGUUUGUGAUUCUGUUUGGCUUGACCUUAUUCUUUUCCAACUUUGGGCCCAACAUGUCGACCUUUGUCAUGCCGACCGAGAUGUACCCGACCGCGAUCCGCAGCUCGUGCCACGGGUUCUCGGCCGCCAUGGGCAAAGCGGGCGCGUCCAUCGGGUCGUAUGGGUUUUCGCUGUGGGUGAAGAACCCGAGCUUUGGUUAUGCCGGCGCGUUCUACACGUUUGCCGCGAUUUCGCUCGCCACGAUCAUCUUGACGUGGUUCUGCAUGUUCGACAACAACGAAGGCAGCGAAGUGAUGGACGACGAGUUCAAGAACAAGCUCCUGGACGAAGACAAGGAAACGCGCGACUCGUUUGUCCAGAUGAAAGAUGUUCAGUUUGGAGCAUAGGCUAGCAGGUUCUAUUUAUGAAUGGGAGCAUUCGUCUCACGCAAUCGUGCUUGGCUCGCCUGGCACUGGAACGCGAUGGCGAUGUGCC